AUUUACCCCCCAUUUCCCCUCCUCAUCUUUGUUUACACCUCCGGGCCGGUCAGGUCUAGACAGCCAGGCGGUGUGCAGCUACGUCGGCUCAGGCUGUUAUUGUUCCCUGAUCAGGAUCAACCAACCAGCCAUGUCUGCCUCUGUUUUAACUUUUGUAGGCCUGUUUGUGGCUUCCUGUGCCGCUGACAAUGCUCCCGUCCACCUCGGGCUCAGCUCCUCGGUCCGCUCGGUGUGCAGACCCAUCCCGAGCACGCUGUCCCUGUGCCACGGGAUAGGGUACAGGCAAAUGCGGAUCCCCAACUUGCUGGGCCACGACUCGCUCAGGGAGGCCCAGCAGCAGUCGGCGGCCUGGCUGCCCCUGGUCUCCAAGCUCUGCCACCGGGACACCAAGAAGUUCCUGUGCUCGCUGUUCGCGCCGGUGUGUCUGCCCGAGCUGCCCGGGCCCGUGAGUCCGUGCAGGAGCCUCUGCGAGGCCGUGCGGGACGGCUGCGUGCCCGUGAUGAGCGCCUUUGGCUUCCCCUGGCCCGAGAUGUUCAACUGCAGCCGGUUCCCGCGCGGCACCGACCUCUGUAUCCCGGCAACCGGAGAGCUGGAGGUGCGCACGAGAGAGGAGCUCAAGCACGAGGAGGCGUUAAAAGGGAGUGUGAUCUGUGAUGCCUGUAGUCUGGCAGCUGAGGGAGAGACAGACAUCCAGGACAACUUCUGCCACAGUCCAUAUGCCUUUAAGCUGCGUCUGGGCAGCGUGUCCACGGUGGGAGGGGACCGUCAGCUGGUCCCUCUGGGCCGCAGCCGCAUCCUGAGGUGGGCUGGUGGUGGCGCCGAGAGGGCAGAGGGAAUUGGAGGGGCAAUGGCCCAUAAUGCUUUGUGGCUGCAGGAAGGAGGCAGCUGCACCUGCCCCGGCCUGGACUCUGCAGAUACACAGGAGGAGGUGGGGGCAGAGGAAGAAGAUAUGGAGGGCGGGCGAGGGAAGGGGGGAGGCAAGGAGGGGAGUGGGUCCCUGGGUGGUUGGUACCUGGGCCUGGCGCAAGCGGAGGAGGGAAGGCUGGUGCUGACUCGCCUGGUGAAAUGGACCAGAGAGGACAGAGGGCUGAAGAAGUUCAUCAGAGCUCUCCUGAAACUGCCUUGUUCACCUGUGUAGCCACACACUGCUCAGCCACUGCCAUUUUCACUGGCAGCCAUGUUGGCUCUGCAACCCAUGGAUGUUUCUAAGUAACUUGUUUUUAUUUGCAGCUUGUGAUUCUGUGGUGCUGAUUAACUUGCGAUUCUAUGCUCACAUAGGGACUUUCACUGAGGCAGGGCUUCCCAUUUUAAAGAAGGGAUAAGAACAGAGCCUGGAGCCUGUCCCAGCAUGCAUCGGGUGGAACGUUGUAAUAAAUCAGAAGAGAAGAAAAGUACAAAGGAAGGGAAGGAAGGAAAGGCAAUCUAAACAAGCAAAAUACCCCUAAAACUCACGAUGAAUCUCAAAUACCAAAAAUCAACAUGACUUCAGCUUAUAGCAUUUUCUUCAAAAGGUUUUUUUUAUUAAGUGCUUAAUAUCAUUUGACUGCACAUAUUUCAAUAUUUGGUCGCAUUCGUUGUUUUGUAUAUUCUUGAUGUAUUAUAUUGUAUUGACUGCUGUUGGAUGUUAUGCCAUAAAUGAGGUUUUGAUACUCUG